AUGUUUUCCACUCCCAAACGCACCAAACGAUCCCGCUCAAUCGAGAUGGGCGAUACCGUCCUUCCCAACGUCGCCAGCCCUCCAGGAUCUCCGACCAAGAAAAUACGUGCGUACAACUCCCCCCCGCAGGCAGGGCCCAGCACAGGCAAGCUAGGCAAGCCCUUCGUUCUGGCGCACGGUCGUACUGCGAAGAAAAAACCAUCCAGCCGCGAGGAACAAAUGGACCACGUCGCGUACAAGCUCGACACGAUGGCGCUGAACGAUGGGAAGCUUCCGUUCCCCGUCCCCAAGCAUGUUCCGAUCCAACCCAAGGUUCCCGUCUUCACGCGUAAAUGCAAGCCUCUCACGGAAGCUGACGAAAAAAACUGGCACCUCUACAGCGAAGAGAAGAGGGACGACAUACUUUCCACUCUUGACUUUGUUGAUCUCGAUCACCUGGUGGACGUUGACCUGAUCACUCCGAAGCAACGCUCCGUAGUCAUCGAGGAGCGCUUUGGUCAAGGGCUCGACUUUUUCGGGCUCGACAGGGACGGCACCCGAGCGAUGAUGCGGGAGAGCAAGACUCUGGUUUCGGGUUCAUUCCCUCUGCCCGUAGCGCAUCCCGGGCGCUUCCCUCCCAACGACCUGGACUUCUUCACCGCGAAAGGGAACCUGGGUCUUGUCGUUGCCUUUCUGGAGAACCAGGGAUACGUAAUCACCGAAGACCACGCCGACGAGGGGUCGGACUGCACCACGAUCAACGCAACGGAAGAGGAAGCCACAGGCGUAUGUAAAACGGAGGGGACGACUGAAAACAGCGACGAUGUCAUUUACGUGAAGGAUGAGGAUGAAGACGACCCUCUUCCCGGAUUGCCAGACGACGAAGAGGAGGAGCUCCCUCCGGCCGACAAGGCCAAAGGCAAGGAAGUCUCGGCGAUGGAGGAUUCCGCCGUCCCCAUCACAGACCCCUUCGAAGCGCGAGGAAAGGCCAUCAGCAAGGUUGUACGACUCGUACGUACGGCAGGCGAAAUCAAAAGGUGCAUCAACAUUAUCGAAUCCGGCUCGCAUUCCCCCCUGGUUCCCGUGUUCCUCUUUCACUCCACCAUUGUCAUGACUUACAUCGCGCACCACGGCAUGGUAAUUCCGUACGUCGAAGGAGCCCGUAUCAGCACAGGAGUCAUCAACGCGUCGUUCAACAACGUCACCCCCAAAGUUCUGAAGGCCCUGGACAAGUAUCGCCGUCGCGGUUACAAGAUGCUCAGUUCCGCGUCGAAGCUCAACAAAGUUCAUCGAUGCGGCCAGUUUCCUCAUUGCCCCCUUACGGUGCGAACCAUCGGGGACACGAAGGGCGCCUACAUCCCGUUCGAAGGGUUCCUAGACUGCAAGGGCGAAGACAUCCGCACCGAACACGAAGGACAAGGUCUUCUGGUGUGGAGGCUCGCGGGAGGACAGAACUGCCUGAAGGGAACGAGCGACGGACAGGGUUUCGUGAUGACCAAGGAGGGCGUGUACCUGAACAAACUUUAA